AUGGAUGAAGGAGCAGAUCUAAAAGUCGUAGUCGAAGUCGUUCGGUGCGAUCGGAAUGCUAUACUUCCCGCCGAAAACAUAGACAGCACUCGCAUCACCGAAGGAGAAGGUCAAUCUCGAUGCGUUCGAAGAGCGCAUCUGCGCCUCUAUCUCGAUCUCGUUCAAGGAGAAGAUCCAGCCGAUCGCUACGUUCAUCUAGCACCGCGAAGAAACGAAGCCGACCACGACGUGGAGCAAAAAGUGAAAGGGUCAAAAAAGCUGCUCCGAAAAGAACUGUUGGAAAACGACGUCGCAACUCCAAAAGAAGAUCUGUGA